UAAUGUUGAUGGUAAAUAGAAGAGUGGCGAAGGUGGCCUUAUUACGGAGUAAAUGUUUAAUUUCACGUUAUAAGCUUUUGCUAGGGGAUUGUCAACGCAAUAUUUUGUGGACGGAAGGCAGGAUCAUGGGUGAAAUAGAGUUGGGAGCAGCUGCAGAGGCCACGAUCAUGGCCUACAAAGAAUUGGCCACUGAUCCUGGCAAGCGAUUAGCUCUAGCGCUGGAUCGUACGUGUAUCCAAUUUUUGGCAUAUGUCGUGGCUGAAGGAGAAGGGUCAUUGGUGAAGGCAGCAAUAGAAACAUUAUCCCUUAUUGCACAGGCCAUAGAAUGCAGACAAUCCUUAGCAAACACUUUUGGUGUUCUUGAGUCACUGCAAGCUGUUACAGAGGAUGAGGAAUGUUACAGUGAUGAAUUACGGGAUGAAGCAGCAGCUCUUUUUACAAGCCUCCAAUACGCGCGUUAUAUGAAAAGGUCUCGCAGUCCCCAGACUCCUACUGCCAGCUCUAAGCCAGAACAAGAGACCAAUAAAACAGACAGUGUAGACAGUGCACCAAAGAAAAAUCCCAAUGAUGAAAGCUCCUCAGUAAAUGCUUCUGAAAUGAACAAAGGCUGUGUAGAGAAGUCCCCACAUAGAACAGACAGUGUUGAAAGCAAAAGUCCAGAAGGGUCCCCAAAGAAAACUGAAGACACUGAGGGAUCUCCAAAGAAAGCAGACUCUGCAAGAAGCAGCAUAGGCAGUAGAUCUCUGUCUACAGAUGAAGAGCUUUCCAGACUCGAGAAAAAAAUGCGUCAGCCAACGGAAAUGAAAGGUGGCUUCUUGGGACCAAACAAUUCUAAAGCAAAGAUUGUCACUCUUUUCAUCAAAGGAAUGGUUGCCCCUGAACACCGCAAACAGGUUGAAGAGGAACUGGUCAGGGUACGCGGACUCAUUAGCAUUGUGUUUGACUUGGGAAGUUCUCGGGUCACUUGCAGAGUGAAACGGGAUCUCUCUGUUGACAAACUCGCAGCUGCUGUUGCCCGCACUGAGAGUCUAUCUGCUCAGCAGGUUACUACUAAUGCAAAUGGGGAGGAGGAAAUACUCCCUCUUGGCCAUGCAUCCACAGACACGACAUCUCCAGUUGACGAUCUCCCAGAUUACUUACCCGAGGAUGACAUAGUAGUCAAAGAUGCCAAGUCAGCCAUGGCUCCAACAGGCUCCUUCAAAGAAACUGCUUCCUCUUGGUUUGCCACAGCCUCCAACCUCCUCCAGAAGUCCUUCUACUGGUGACUGUGUGUCGUCCUCACUUAGUCCAAUAUUUAUUUGAAUGUGCUGGAGAUAUAACUUGAGUUUGUCGAGUUAAUUGCUAUUUGUAAAGAGAAUGAUUUGAUUGUUAAGGAAAAUUGUUUUGAAGCUGAUCAUGCAAAUGUACUACACGUUGGUCUUCUGGUGUGCUGGAGUAUAGAAUUUUAUGAAAUUUUUAAUACUGAAGUUGCUAUGCUAUAUGGAGGGUGCUAAGGAAUUGUAUUUCAUGGUGCACAAGACUAUUGUUGGGCUAGAAUGAGAUGAUUUAUCUGCUCUGAUAUUUAAACAGGAUAUAUAAUCACACAACAUAUCAGUGUUUCUUUGUUAAUCUUAUUUUAUUGGAGGGGAAAUUUAAUUGUAUUUAUUAUCAGAAUCCAUUGUUUCUUUGUCAUUCACAUUGUAUUCAAGGGGAGACUUCACUGUGUUAUCAAAGCCAAGGUAGUGUGUCGGCUAAACAACUGCUUUCCUCAUGUUUUGAUGUGAUAUUUUCCUGAAUAGAAAGGAAUCUGUGAACAUGUGAUGUCAGUUAUACAGUGUUAUUUAUUUCCUACAGAGAGACAAAUGCAUAUUUAUAGAAUGUGGUUUAACCAUUACAUUUUGCAUUUUAAGUGAGGCAGUUAAAUACCCUCAAUAGUGUAACUUCUGCAGCAUAACCAAUACUCUGUGCUGUUUUACUUGACAUUCAUUUCCCUCUUAGCAUGUACACAAAUUGUCACUGCAUUUACAGAUUAAUAUCCUAAAUAGCAGCCCAGUAUUAGCCACCAAUGCUUUCAGUAUUGUUAGACAUGUAUAGCAAAACUGUUAUGACACUGAGUGCUUGUUAUUAUUAAUAAAGCUUUGAUAGACAAAAAAAAAAAGCUUUAUGUUUUUGUAAAUAUGAUUAGAACAUUAUAAUAGGCUUUAAGCUUUUAUUACCUUGUACUAAAUGUAAUAAUUCCUUAGGUAGCCAAACAUAAGCAAAGAUAUAGAAUGUAGUGGCCAGAGUUACUGAUUGUUGGUUUGGUAACAUUUUCCACAGCCAAUAUUUAGUUGUGUAUUGAGUUAUGGUCUGCAGUGUUUCUGUUUAUGAAAGAUUAUCAAAAGUUUUUUGUAUAAGUAAGCCAAACUUUGUGUUUUUCAUGUGCCUAAAUAUGUGGUAAGUUGUGAUUGAUAAUGUUGCCCGUCCUUCUUCAAACGGUAUAUAGGUGUCAAAUAAUCUUAAUGUCAUUUGUAUCUAUACCAGUAGUUUUCCUUGAAUUGUUAUGUAAUUGGUGUUUCAAGUAACAUUUAUUUGACAAGUGACUUAAAAAUUUUAAAAGAUUUUUUUUUUUUUUUUAAAUCUUUUUUUUUAUUAUUAUUUUUUUUCUAUUUAUUAUUAUUAUUUUUUUUUUGCUGUGGAGUUAUGUCUUGUGUCUGCCAAAUGUUGAAGUAGAUUUAGAUGAUAAUGAAUGUAUAUUUUUGUAACUAGGAUGUAUGGCUACAGUUGAUAGUUUAUUUCCAUAGUUUGCUGGAGAAAUUUGUCUUGUUGUCCUCCAUAUAUUUUGCAAAGGUAGUACCCAAAUGGCUCUUUGCAAUAUACUCUUUAAUAGUUUUUCUUUGAAACAUUUAUUAAGGGUGUUCUAUAUUACAUGUAGCCUCUGAGUUGACAGUUUAUAUUGUAAUAGUUACAAGUCAGAGCUCAUCCUUUACCAAAGGUAGAGACAAUGUUAAUUCCAUACUAGAUAAUACAGUGUUUGCACAUUCCAUGUCGUGGCUUCAGAAAAAUAUAGAUGUAAAUAGUCUCACUCUCAUUACACUUCAGCUUGUAAUUCAUUGUUACCUUGUCCAUCCAUGUGAUAAAAUACAAUAGCAGGUUAACAGUGUUAUCAAGGUCUGUUAAUUGCAGUAGCUCGCACAUUCAGGUAUUACAUUAUCAACUGCAAUGCCAUAUAUUGGCCUUAUGAACUGCAGUGCAGUAAGAUAUUACAGAGAGGCAAGCUCAAAUUGUUCUGAUUAAAUGAAAAUGCAAUAAAAACAAGGGAAUAAUGUGGUACUCCUCAUGACAGACAUGUACAAGAUUGAGAAAUAUCGGAUAAGAUCUUGACUUUUCAUUGUUACAUCACCUCUAUUUUAGGAUGAGAUAUGCAUCACACACCUAUAUUUCUUAUAAUUGUUCUUAUUUUUAUUCUUGAUUAAUCUUAUUAUUAUCAUCAUUGUUGUUAUUAUUAUGAUGAUGAUUGUGAUCAUGAUAUUAUUAUUUUGUUAAUUAUUUUUAUUAUUAUUAUAUGGAUAAGGAUUUUCAUUGUUAUUUCUAUUGUUAUAAUGAUGAUGAUGAUGGUGAUGAUGAUGAUUAUUGCUCAAAACAUUACAAUCUGGCAUUUGACAUGGUGUUCUUUGUCAACAGGUAGCUAAUUUAGAAAACAAAUUCUAAAGGAUGCGAUUGUAUUAUGUAUUAAUAGGUAAUCAACAGUAAUGUCACCGCUUACUUGAGGAAUUUUAGUAAUUGAGGAAUUUACUUAGCAAAUAUGACCGUAAAUAAACUAAGACUAAGAGUUCAUAGCAAACUUAUGACACAAAGCCAAAGUGUUUGUUUGUUCUUGCCUGUUUUUUUUUGUAAGUGUGGAAAAGAUUUUAGUGAUAUUUGUCAUUACUGGUGAAUGAUAAUUUUUUCAUCAAGAACUCCCCUGCUCUCAUUGGCUAAGGUGGUAGUGUUUUUCUAGACUGUUACCUCAAGGGAAGGGCAGGCGGGCAGGCGGGCAGGCGGGCAGGCGGGCAGGCGGGCAGGCGGGCAGGCGGGCAGGCGGGCAGGCGGGCAGGCGGGCAGGCGGGCAGGCGGGCAGGCGGAGAGGCAGGCAGGCAAACUGAAUGAUUGACUGACUAGGGGGGUGGAAAGUACAAGUGAUCAUGAAUAUAUGUAUUUGUGGAUGUGUGUGUAUGCAUACAUGUGUUACUGAAUCUGGCUGUAUACUUGUAAGCAGUGAGAAUGUCAGACACUCUAGCUCAGUCUAGACUUCCAUGUAUUAGUUGGUCAUCCAUUAUAGUAAUAAACUGUAACAUAAUAAGAUUCUGGUUGAUUAAAAAUUUCAGUAGAACCUUUGUGAUACUAUAGAUGGAAAUGGAACUUAAUUACAUUCAGUGCUAUUUUUUCUGAUUUGCAUUAUUGUAUCCUUUGAUAGGGUGAAAUAUGUAUAUUUUUUUUUUUAUCUUUUGGUUUGUAGAAAGUAUACAUAGAUAUUUUAAUAGCAUUAAUGACUAAGAAUACAAAGAAGAAGUCAAUAAAAGUUUUAUUAUAAGGUGAUACACAUUUAUUUCUGAUUAUUUAACUAAAGAUUAUACAAGUUUAGAAGUAAAUAUAUCUAGAAUCAGUAAUGUAUUUUAACAUAGUUUAAUACAUAGCUCUGUUAAAUCCAAACAUAAAACCUGAAAACUUUUAAAGUGAUGCAUACAUUAACCCAUGUAUGUACAAGGCAUGCCCACUGUGAGGCCAUUUCUUUCUGAAACUAUUGAUAUUGUUAUUAUUCUUACUGAUAUUAUGAUUAUGAAAUUGUUAUUAAAGUCUUGGUAACAUUAAAUCAAUGAAAUAAUACAAAAGAAACUUUCCGAAAAUCAUGGAAAAGGGUAAACAGGUGAGAUAGGUAAGACUUAUUGGUGACUAAGCAGUUACAUUACAGUGGGCAUGGCAUGUAUUCUUGCCAUCUGUGCCAAUUGGGUUCAGUAUAAUCAUUCUGUUCUUUAUAUGCAUAUUAAUGAGGAACAUGUUUACAUUGUGUAUUUUCAGGGAAUUUUUCUCAGAAAUGGUCAUUCAUGAGAAGUUAUUCAAUAAGUGGAGAGUUUAGUAAUGGAAGUUACUGGUAAAGCAGGGUUAUUUGAAAAUGUCAUUUGUAUGGUCACAAAGAAUUGGAAGAAUUUGUUCCCUUAAUAUAUCGGAAGAAUAAAAGAAAGUCCUA